GUGCUGGCAGUCGCUGAGACCGGGGGAGAGGUCGGCGCCGCCGCUCCGUAGGGAAAGACCGGGGAUCAGAGUGGGCCUGGUAACGCUUGGCCCUUCUCACUUCUGAGACAGCCACCCCCACUGGGCUUCCUCACAGCCGCUGCUCCGGGGCAGCCGCUCCCUCCCUCCCUCCCUCCCUCUGGGCCGAAGGCCUCGCCAACCGCCGCGACCUGACCCGACCACAGCCGCGGGUACACCAUGAGCUUCUUCAGCUUCGGGCAGAGCGCGGAGAUCGACGUCGUGCUAAACGAUGCCGAGACGCGCAAGAAAGUGGAGCACAAGACGGAGGACGGCAAGAAGGAUAAAUACUUCUUGUUCUACGACGGCGAGACCGUGUCCGGGAAGGUGAACGUCAGCCUGAAAAACCCGGGCAAAAGGUUCGAGCAUCAAGGCAUUAAAGUGGAGUUCAUCGGGCAGAUCGAACUGUACUACGACCGAGGAAAUCACCAUGAGUUUGUGUCUCUGGUAAAAGAUCUGGCCCGACCUGGUGAGAUGACACAAUCCCAAACAUUUGACUUUGAGUUUACACAUGUAGAAAAGCCAUACGAGUCGUACACUGGUCAGAAUGUGAAGUUACGGUACUUUCUGAGAGCAACCAUCAGCCGCAGGUUAAACGAUAUUACCAAGGAAACGGAUGUCGUUGUGCACACCCUCAGUACGUACCCUGAGAUGAAUUCAUCGAUCAAAAUGGAAGUUGGGAUUGAAGACUGCCUACACAUUGAAUUCGAAUACAACAAAUCAAAGUACCAUUUGAAGGAUGUAAUUGUGGGGAAGAUAUAUUUCUUAUUAGUUCGCAUCAAAAUCAAGCAUAUGGAAAUUGACAUCAUUAAAAGGGAGACUACAGGAACUGGACCAAAUGUGUUUCAUGAAAAUGACACAAUAGCAAAAUAUGAAAUAAUGGAUGGAGCCCCAGUCAGAGGUGAAUCCAUUCCUAUCAGACUUUUUCUGGCUGGCUAUGAAUUGACUCCAUCCAUGAGGGAUAUCAACAAGAAGUUCUCUGUACGGUACUACCUCAAUCUUGUUCUUAUUGAUGAGGAGGAAAGGAGAUAUUUCAAACAGCAGGAAAUCACUUUGUGGCGAAAAGGAGACAUAGUUCGAAAGAGUAUGUCCCACCAGGCCGCCAUUGCGUCUCAGCGUUACGAAGGGUCUGCAAAUGCUGAAAGCAAACCUUUGAUUUCAAAUCUAGAUGCGGAUAACUAGUUCACAUUCCUGCCUCUAUCCCGAGUUAGCAAUAUAAACUGCAAAAAAAAAAAAUCAAAGGAAAGUAAUGAGGGUUCAAAGUUGAUUCUUGUUCCCCUUCAGACGACAUCUUUAGGACAAGAGAAGACGGACUGAAAGUUAACUUGUUGUCUCUGUGUUUUAAUAUCAAGUUAAAACAGAUUUUAUGUUGCUUUAAAGAUGUGUGAUGGAGCAUACCAAUGCAAGCAAAGCUUAGAAACUGAAUUCUUCUACCAUUAACCCGAUGUUCCUCGGACACAAGUUUUCAUCCACCAUGAACACCUGCUUUGUUUUUAAAUCAGCUAUCGUAUGUGGAAAAUUGAUCAAUUACCUUUGAAAACUCUACUCUACACGCUGGUGUUGAACCUACUUGCCCGUGAUAACACAGCAAUCUAUUCUGCAUAUUAUUAUACAGAAUUCUGCCAUUGUUGACCUUGUUUUGGUUAAAGAUUAUUUGGUGGUUUUAUUUCAGAAAUAUUUGAAUUUUCCAUUAACAGUGCAUAAAAUAUCAUUGAUAAAUGGGAUCAGUAUACAUGGAUAUUUGAUGUUCGCAUGAACAUGGGCCUAAGGACCCAUUUCUAUGCCGUAAGAUUCUGUUGGCUGCUCUCACCAACUUUAAGGUCUUGUCAUGUGUGCUGUAUAAGUUGACUGUUUCAAAAGGACUUGGUCAUUAGCUAUUAGACAUUCCUGAAUAUAUUCCAAGUAUACAGAAGAGAUCAACUUAUUCAGAAAGCUAGUUUGAAUACUCAAAAUCACACUUUUUUGUUUACCCUGGCUAACCGAUUUGCAUGUGUGUGCAUGUGUAAAAUUUCAUUGAUUUUUCUUUCAAAGUAGAGGUGUCGUUAUUCUGCUAAAAAUCAUGUACAGAUUUUAACAUUCCAAUUUGCCAUUUCACUCCAGGCACGAGAGGCACAUUGUCCGUGUUAGACUUGAAGCACGGAUGCUCCAAGGUGGAUUUUCUUGUUAAAUGUAACAUUCCUUCUAACAAGGCACGUUGUUUUUGUGGUGUGUUUCAAGUAAAAGCCCCUCUGUUGUAGGAGUUAAAACUAGAUUUAAAGGCACAAUAUAAUGUUUAACAUCCAACAAUGGGGCCUCUGUAUUCAUAUUAGUACUUUUGGAAAAUCCUAUUUCAUUGUAUAAAACCAGUAAGUUUGAUUAAAAUAACGAGCUGGGAAAAGAGAGAAUGUUCCUGAUUACAUCAAACUUUCAGAAAUAUUGUGACCUAAUUCUGGAGAUGUAUUUUGGAAUUGACUACAGAGGGAGAUAUAAAAAUUUUAUGAACUACUUUAAAUGUCCCUCCUUGGGGACAAAUGAUUGUCAAAAUGGGCACUUGAAAAAAAAUGACAGGGUAUUCAUUCUUAAAACCAGAAAAAUAAUUGCUUUUAUUAACAUUAUACUACUUUUGACUACUUCCUGUUCAGUAUAGAAUGCUAUUUUAUUCUCUUUGUUUCCAUGAUCUUAUAUAAAAUUAUGUACAUGCAGAAAAUGAAACAAAUCAAGUUUGCUUAAAUAACUACUGCACCUGAGAUACUGAGAGCUUCAAUUUUGGGAGUAUCUGAGAAGCUGAGGGCUUCAAUGCUGCUUGCAAUUUUCAUCUGUUAUGCAGAUUUUUCACUUGUUAAUUCUCAGCAGUGUUACAGAUAUGCACUGUUUCUGCCUAAGAGCUGGAAUGCCAACCUAAGCAGAAAUAUAUACUGGCAACUGAGGAACAAGGAGGCUUGUGACUAUGGGGACCCCUAUAUUCUUAAAUAGACUCACUUGGAUGAGGUGGUCAAUAAUUUAGCGUGGAUAUUCAGGGUGAAAAUCUGUGGGUAGAAAUUCAGAUUUUGUGGAAAACAAAAUGGCAUCCUGCAUCUGCUACCUCUAUAGGUGCAAAAGCCUUUACGUGGAGACUUUGUUUUUUUUUCCUGAAGUUUACUGGAGCUUUAAACAUGUUUUAGUUAUUGACGUUGGGAACUGUUGUUUUAGUUUAGAGAUAUGGCAUGAAAACGGGCCCUUCGGCUCCCCAAAUCCACACUGACCGGAGAUCACUCAUACACUAGCUCUAUCCUGCACAGUAGCAACAAUUUACAGAAGCCUACAAACCUGCACAUCUUUGUAAUGUGGGAGGAGACGGAGCACCUGGAGAAAACCCACGCGGUCUCCUCACUGGGAGAACGUGCAAACUCCGUAUGUACAGCACCCUUAGUCAGGAUCGAACCCAGGUCUCUGGUGCUGUAAGACAGCAACUCUACCGCUGCGCCACAGUUUUGAAUACUCCCUGGCAAAAUGAUUUCACUUUGCCUGCAAGCUUGACCUUGAGCUUCAAAUUAAACUCUCCAUACUGCACACACUUGUCUCCAAUACUGUUCCAUUGCUGAGUUCAUUGCAAAUCCAGGGGGAAAACACCAUCUUCUGUCUAGGCACGUUAGCACUCGGACUGUACCUGAAAAAUAAAAAGCAAUGGUGUCAGAGACACUGGCCACUUUUGAGAUUUUCGGCAGUCAUUCCAUAUUGCAUGGAAAUAGCUAAUUCUCCAUUUAAACGCACCAACCUUUUUGCUGCCUUUUUUUCAUCUUGCCAGUAGUUACAUAUUCUCUCCCAAAUCACUAUAUUGUAAAUCUCCUCUUUCUCUGUAUCUUUUUUGUGUUUAACUUUUUUUCCCGCAGUUCCAAUGAAAGGUCAUCAAGCAGAAACAAUAAUUCUAUUUCUCUCCUCACAUGCUGCCAGACCAACUGCACAUUUGGAAGCUUCUGUUUUUAUUUCAGAUUUCCAGCACCUGCAGUGUUUUUUUUGUCUAAUGUCGAUUUGUGCAUCAGUAUAGAUACAUCGUAAUUAUAUCUUCCAGGGUACAUUUGUAUUAAAGGCCGCACCACUGGUUGAUAUUUCAGUUUACAAAGGGAUAAUUUUAAAUGUAAAGUAUUUGAAUGUGUGCUGUCAAUAUUGAAGUAAUUGCAAAAAUACUUUAAAAAUCUUUUUCUGUUGUUGUGUCUUUGAUUUGUUCUGGAAUCUAUACCAGUGUAUUAGCCUGUUUCACCAUUAAUAGCAAAGACUAAUUUAGUGAGGUGAGACUGAUUUUACUCUGUAUGCGCUUUAGCAGCUAUCGCUUUCCUGUUGUACUAAUAAGACAAUCUCACUUAAAAAGCAUAUUCCAAUCUGUUACUAGUUUUUAACAAAUUCAAAAUAAAUAUUUUAUUAGAGAUGUAAGCAUGAUUUUUGCAUGUCGCUUGGUGUCAAGUGGCAAGUUUGCCCGUGCUGCUCAGUAGUUUGUGGGUUCCAGUAUCAUUCCAUUGAGUACAUUUCUCAGAUGAGACUUUGAACCUGUGCCUCGUGGAUUUAAUUAGCAUGAGGCAUUAUUUUUGAAAAGCAGCCUCAACAAACAGCAUUAAGGUUGAUCUCUGUUCAAAUUCCUUGUUAUGUGCAAAUUGGCUGCUACACUUCAACCGCACUUUACUGGGUGUAAAAUUAUUUUCAUUGUCGUGAGAUAAAAAAGGGCACAAUAGAAAAGUGAUUGGAAAAAAUAGGGAUUGUUGAAGUUCAUUGAACCAGAAAGCGACAUCAAAUUCAUUGUCCAACUAAGCAUAUCUAGUUGGACAAAGUUCCAAACAUUUUUGUUCCUCGAAAUUGAUGUAUUCCCGAUUUUGAAAUUUGCUUUUGCAGUUUCUAUUGAAAUGCGGCCUCGUAUAUUUUUGCCUAAUUUGAAGCUGUAAUCAUUGAGGGCAGUCAGCAAUUUUAUGGAUAUAUUUGCUUGGAGUUUAAAUCUAAUGAAUGAUGAUUCCAUAUUUCCAUAUACAAGAUAUUCCAUAUUUCCUUCAGAUAGGAGGCCAUUUCAGCUGUUGCAUCAAUGCCAGCUCAUCCCAACUCCCUAUCAAUUUUUCUUGUAACCUGUUGUCCCCACAUUCCCAUCAAUUUAUUUCCCCAGAUUUUAUCGCUUGCCUACACCGGAGGAGGAAUUUACAGUGGCCAAUUAAUCUCCCAUCCCAUACUCCUUGUAGGGUGUGGGAAGAAACUGGAGCAUCCGGUAAGGGGGGGGGGGGACCCACGAGCUUGCAGAGAGAAUGUGCAAGCUCCGCAUGGUACCUUAAGCCCAAACAGAACUCUGGUUGCUGGAGCUGUGAGGCAGCAGCUCUUCCAGCCGCACCACUCUGCCUGUCUGCCACAGUUGCCCUUUGAAAGUUGACUGUCGAGAGGUUGGAUGUUUGAGAGUGUAGUGGAGACGAGCAAGAGAAAACAAUGUAACGUGAUUCCAGGUUAGAAACAAUAUCAACAUGAAGAUACAUGCAUCAAACAGCCUUCUUCAUAAACAGAAGAUGGUACUAAUAUCACAUUCUGUGCAAGGAUAAGGGAGAUAAAAAGUAUUUAAUUGAUACUUAAUGAAGGUCUGUCUCGUAAAAGUAUUGCCUUGGAUGAUCAAGGAACCUUAUCCAAGAUACUUAUGACAAAUAAUUGUCCAGCCAUUUUCAAUGCAAAUGUUACAUUCUUGCCUAUUGUUGCCUUUUCUAUAAUUGUAUGGUGUGAUUUUGUUUUUCCUUAUAGUUUCUAUGCUUUGUAAUAUGAAUAUCCCAUUUGUAACAAUAUUUAGACAUUGGGAGAUUCGGAUAAAAUACUAAUUGAAACAAUUUUAAAAGCAAAAAGUCUUUGUAAUGUUCAUGGUUUUAAUUCCAUGCGUGUUUUUAUAUGUAAACAAUUAACCCAAGGUUGAGAGAGAAUGGCAGAAUGCAUUGUAUGAUGUGUGCUAAAUGUUCUGUCGGGAGGAAAAGUAAAUAUGUACUGUAUCAUGGAAAAGUUUGAUUUCUCCUGAAAAAUGUAGGCUUUUGUGAAGACUAACUUAUCAAGCAGCAUUCCAAUCAUUACUUUUUUCCAUUUUGGUGAUGAAAUUGUUGGACAGUAACUUCAUGAAUUGAGCAUAACCAAAUAGUUAAAUGGCUGGUACUAGACACAUUAACAUUCAAAACUAAAGUUGCAAUAUAAACGGAUUAGCAUUUUUCCAUAACAUAUUCAAAGGUAUUGCAAAAGCAGCUUUCAAGGGAGUGAAAAUGAAAUGCUUUUAGAACUUUGUUACUGUAAAUUAAGUGUACAUCUAUGAAAUAACUGCCAUCAUUGAACAGCUAUUAGCCUACUUGUAUCAGCAGUUAAUCUGAAAGUUCACAGUUGUACAUGCCUACAAUUGUACAUGCUUAUAAAUAUUUUUGUUUUUGAAAGGUACAAAAGCCCAUAGUAAGUGUUAUGUCCUUUAUUAUAUUGUACAUUCUCAAUUAUUUGAAUCCUUAGUUAUCCAUUUGCAAGUAUGAAACUUCUAUAAUAAAAGUGGAUUUGUACAUUUUAUGUACUAGAUUUUACAAAAUGUAGCUGUCUUAUGAAAAGCUAGGUGCAUCAAGGCUUGAAAAAUGGUAGUAAAGUUGGCCUCCAUUCUGUUAUCAGCUUGAACCUUUUAUUAACAAUAGUGAUAUACUCUUGUGUUAUAACUCAUGGAAGUUUUGGAUAGACUGUGGCACAAUGGUGGGACUCGAGUUGGUUGGGUUGUGCUACAUUUGUUGAUCACAACCUCGAAGGGUAGCUGUUUCUUUGGACAAACCCUCGCUAGCUUGGUCGCUGACCAAUCAUCUGGUGCCCUUCCAAAUUAUCUGAUUGUCUGGGAAUGUUGUUUCUUGCUUUUCAAUGCUGCGUUUGUCUUCUCACUUCAUCAAGAACGUUGUGUCUACUUUUUUUUGUACUAUAAUUGUAAUUUUGGGUUUCGAAAAAUAGGAGCCAGAAAAGACGAUCGGCAAUGUUUAAACAAGAAACAUGCAGAUUAAAUUUCUACCGCAGUGAAUGCAGUAAACGUAACAAACAA